AUGUCUGACUUUAACCUUGCUAUCUUGGGAUGCGGUGUCAUGGGCACUGCCAUUGCCAACGCCAUUCUUAACUCCGAUAUUCCUAACAAGCCUAAGAAAAUAUACGCUUUGAACAAGGACUUGGAGGCCUUUGGUCCUGUCAAGGAUAAGUUGACACACGAGAAGAUUCAAUUGUGCCAUGAUGUUGAAACAAACAAGAGGGCCAUUGCUGAUUCUACUGUCAUUGUAUUGGGAUGUAAACCAUUCAUGUACAAGCCUAUCUAUGAACAAGUUAAAGAUAGUUUAAACGGUGAACAAUUAUUGAUUUCACUUUUAGCUGGUGUAACUAUUGAAGAGUUGUCCAUCUACACUCCAUAUGUUGCUAGAAUCAUGACCAAUACCCCCGCCCAGUUUGGUGCUGGUACUGCUGGUAUUGCCUUCUCCCCAGAAGCUGAAACAAAGUACUCUGAUUUGGCCAUUGAGUUGAUUGGAACUGUGGGCUUAGCCUUCAGAUUACCUGAAAGUAACAUGGACGCUGCCACUGCCUUAAUUGGAUCCGGUCCGGCGUUUGUCAUGUUGAUGAUGGAAGCCAUGAUCGAUGGUGGGAUCAGAAUGGGAUUGACAUACGAUGUGGCUAGAAUCUCUGCUGCCAAGGUGAUGGAAGGGACUGCUAAGAUGGUCUUGGAAACCGGUGAACACCCGGCAGCUUUGAAGGCCAAGGUGUGUACUCCUGGUGGGACUACUAUUGGAGGUUUAUUGAAGUUGGAAGAUGCUGGUGUUAGGGGGGCCAUUGCUAGAUGCAUUGAAGAGGCUGCUAACAUUUCCAAGUCAUUCUCCAAGAAGUAA